AUGGGUAAUACAGUUGGAGCACCAAUUGUUUCAGAAUAUUUAGAAGAUGAAAUCGGACCAAUUGUCUUCAAAAAAUCAUUAGGUAAUGCUAGAUUCUUAAAAACUGUUAAAGCAUAUCAUAGUGAAGAAGGAUAUGUUGUUGUAAAAAUAUAUAAAAAAAGGAAUACUAAAGAAUCUUUAGAAAAAUAUAAAAUAAUGUUAAAAGAGAUUAAAGAUAAUUUUAAUAUUACACCAUCAUUUAAUAUAAUGCCAUAUCAACAUUUUAUAGAGACAGAUAGAUCAGGUUAUUUAAUUAGACAAUAUUUUCAUAAUAAUUUAUAUGAUAGAUUAAGUACAAGACCAUUCUUAUCAAUGAUUGAAAAGAAGUUUAUAGCAUUUCAAUUAUUGAAGGCAUUGGAGCAAAGUUCAUUCAAGGGUGUAUUUCAUGGUGAUAUAAAGAGUGAAAAUGUAUUAGUUACCACAUCGAAUUGGGUGUAUUUAUCGGAUUUUGCAUGUUAUAAACCAACGUUCAUACCAGAGGAUAACCCUGCCGAUUUCAGCUUCUAUUUCGAUACGUCAGGUCGUAGAACUUGUUAUAUCGCACCCGAAAGAUUCUAUGAAACUAAUAGAGGUGCACCAUCAAACAAUGAGCUAACACCCAAAAUGGAUAUCUUCUCAUUGGGUUGUGUAAUUGCGGAACUGUUUUUAGAUGGGUUCCCAAUCUUUGAUUUCUCACAAUUACUAAGUUAUAGAAAGGGUGAAUAUUCACCAGAACCCAUCAUUAGACAACGUAUUCAAGAUCCAAAUAUUCAAACAUUAAUUUUACACAUGAUUCAAAAAGAUCCCGAUCAACGUUACACUCCAGAGAAAUACAUCUCAAAAUGGAAUACUGUUUUCCCUCAAUACUUCUCCUUUGCUCAUCAAUUCAUUCCAGAAUUAAUGCGUUUAGAAAAUGAUGAUCGUGUUAUGUGUAUCAGUGAUAAAUUUGAUGAGAUUGUUGACAUAUUUAAAAAUAAUUCAAUAACUAAUCUUUUUAAAUCAAAUUUAAAUCAAUCAACAAAUUCAAACACAAUUGGUAGUUUUAGAGUUUCAACACCAUCUUCACCAAUUUUAAUAAGUAAUAAUAAUAAUAAUAAUAAUAAUAAUAAUAAUAAUAAUAAUAAUAAUAAUAAUAAUAAUAAUAAUAAUAAUAAUAAUAAUAAUAAUAAUAAUAAUAAUCAAACUACUACAACUACAACAAAUACAAAUAUAAAUACUACACAACAACAACAACAACAACAACAACAACAACAACAACAAUUACAAAGACCAUUAUCAAAAUUAGAUGAUAUUGGUAAAAAUAUUGCAAAUAUAAUAUAUAAGACUGAACAAUUUGUAAAGGAAUCAGAUGAAUUUGAUAAGACUGAUAUUACUAAUAUAAAGGAAUUGAAUAUUCAAACUACACCAACGAUUAAUACUUCAACGAUUAAUAGAGUAAUUCAAACAAGUAAAACAAAUACAAAUUUAGAUACUAUAAAUGAGAAUAGUAAUAAUAAUAUUGGUGUAAAUAGAAAAAAGGUUACGGUGGUUGAAGGAUUGGAUUUAUUUUUAUCGGUGAUUUAUACGGCAGUUAAGCAUUGUCAAUUCCCAUCGACCAAAGUGAAAUGUGUUGGAUCAUUGUUGGUUAGAUUGGCAGAGAUGUUGGAUGACGAAUGCAGACUUCAAAAGAUUGUACCAUACAUAAUGAGUAUGAUAUCGCCUGAGCAACCUACACUCGUUAGAGUUGAAGCAUUGAGAAGUUUAGCAAAGGUAUUGGAGAUGGUUCAAACUUUCCCACCAAGUGAGUCCUCGAUAUUUGGUCAAUACAUUUUACCAUCACUUUCUCAACUUUCACAUGAAUCAACUGAUGAAAUCAUUAGAAUUGCAUUCGCAGAGAUAUUACCACAAUUGGCUACAACAGCAAAGAGGUUCUUGGAGAUUGCUCAACAUUAUCGUGAUCCUGAUUCUGAGGGAAUUAUGGAGUCGAGAAAGGAUCGUGCCAAAUUCAGAGUAUACGAUUCCGAUCUUCAAGAGGUACAAGACCAAUUCUUUAACAAGGUUUCAGAUUUAUUAACAAAGGACAGUUGCAACACUUUGAAAAAGAUCAUACUGUCCGAUAUCUAUAGGUUGUGUGUUUUCUUUGGUAGACAGAAAACCAAUGAAUCCGUACUACCAUUGAUUAUCACUUUCUUGAAUGAUAGGGAUUGGCAAUUGAGAUGUGCAUUCUUUGAGAAUAUAGUUGCCGUUUGUACUGUGGUUGGUGCAGGAAGUUUGGAAUCAUUCAUUUAUCCCUGUAUUCUAUUGGCAUUAACUGAUGAGGAGGAGUUUGUAACAGAGAAAGCUUUAUCAAGUUUAUCAGAACUUUGUUCUUUAGGUCUAUUACGUAAACCGAUCCUAUUGGAAUUAUUAGUUAAAACUUCACCAAUGCUACUUCAUCCAAAUAAUUGGAUACGUUAUGGUGUUGUUUCACUAAUUGUUAAAAUUUGUCAAUCAUUAUCAAAGGCUGAUGUCUAUUGUUAUGUUAAACCAAAAUUAUCACCUUUUUUAGUUAAUCUCAAUGGUAAUGGAAAUGGAAAUGCUGAAAUUAGUGAUACUAUUACAGAAUCAAAUUUAAUUCAAUUAUUAGAUUCACCAAUCUCAAGAGAAUCAUUUAAUAAAAUCGUUAAAUUUAUAGCUAGAAAUAGAAUUAAUUUAUCAAGUUCUAUAAAUUCAAUAUUAGCAAAUGAUAAUGAUAAUUUUAAUGGUGAAAGUUUUAAUAGUAAUGGUAGUGGUGGUGGUGGUAAUCCAAAUUUAGUUAGUUCAACGGGUGGAUCAAAUAGAAGAUUACGUGCAUUAAGUAAUAAAUUCUUUGUACCAAAUAUUUUAUCAGCUUCAAAUUCAUCAAUAAAUUCAACAUCUGGUGAUAUUGGUAGUUUAUUAUCACAAUCCACUGAAGAAUCAUUAGCAUUCCUUAGACAAAUGACAAGUAUUGGUAUAAGUGAUUCAGAUCAAAAUAAAAUCAUUAAAUGUUUUGAUUAUCUUCAAUCAAAGAAAUGUAAAGAUUUAGAAAGUGCUAAUAAUAGUGAAGGAAAUGUUAUAGUAAUUCGUACGAAUGGUACAACAAUUAUAAGUAGUAGUAAUAAUAGCAAUAAUAAUACAUUAUCUUCUUCAACUACAAGUAGUAACUCAACAACUCCAACAAAUUCAACUGUAAAUUUACAUAGUGUUUUAAAUAAUACAACAAUCAUUCAACAACAACAACAACAACUUCAACAAACAAUAACUCAACAAAGUAUAACCCAACAACAACAACAACAACAGCAACAACAACAAGUUAGUGGUGGUAUAACGACAGGUGGUACAACAACAACAACAUUAGGUAGAUCAUCAUCACCACAAUUAACAGGUUUAAAUCCAUCAAUUUUAAGUAAUAGUAAUAAUAUUCAACUAUCAUCAUCAGUGGUUGAUGUUACAAAAUUACCAAAUUCAAUACCAAUUAGAAUGGUUAAAAUUAGAGGUGGUGAUCAAAGUUUAAAUAAUUCAACCGUUUCAUUAGGUAGUGUUGCAGGUGGUAAUAUAAUAACGCCAUCAACAUCAUUAUCAAAUAGUAAUACAAUGGUUGGUAAUAAUAAUAAUAAUAGUUACAACACAUCAACUUCAUCAUCACCAUUAUCAUCAUCUGUAUUAAAUUCUUCAGUUGGUAUGAAUAAUCUUACAAAUAGUAAUGCAAAUAGUAUAAAUAAUAGUAGCGGUAUUAAUAACAAUAAUAGUAAUAAUAAUAGUGUAAAUAGUAAUAAUUAUAAUAAUAUGAAUAAUAAUACAAUGAAUAAUAGUGUUAAUUUAAUGAAUUCAAAUCAAAUUGGUCAACAACAACAACAAAAUCCAAAUACUGUUAAAAUCGAUUUAGUUAGUCCAUCAGAUUUGAAUGUUGUUUCAAAGAAAUAUUAUAUUAGAGAUCCAAAAAUGGGUUUAUCAACAAUAUUAAAAGUUGAAACAAAUGUAGAAUGUUCAAUAAAGGUACCAUUGCCUUUACCAGAUUUAGGCAGUACUGAUUCUGUAUUAGGUGGUGGUUUAUUAUCAUCUGGUGGUGUUGGUGGUGGUGUUGGUGGUACUGGUGGCGGUAAUAUUAAUGGUGUUUCAGGUAUUAAUGGUAAUGUAGGUGGUGGUGGUGGCGGUGUUGGUGUUGGUACUGUAGGUAGUGGUGGUAAUGGUAGUAUAGGUGGUGGUAAUAGUGGUAUUAAUAAUGGCAGUGGUGGUGGCGGCGUUAAUAGUGGUGGUAAUAGUGGUAUUAAUAGUGGUAGCACAAAUAGUAGUGGUAGUUUAUAUGGUAAUGGCAAUGGUUUAGAUAAUUUACCAAAUUCAACAUGGAGACCAAUGGGUAUAUUGGUAAGUCAUUUCUUUGAACAUAAAGCGGCAGUCAAUGAAAUUCAAGUUAGUAGUGAUAACCUUUUCUUUGCAACCGCAAGUAAUGAUGGUACCGUAAAGAUUUGGGAUUGUCAAAGAAUGGAAAAGAGUGUAACCAAUAGAGCACGUCAAACCUAUGCUCAACAAGAGGGUAGAAUCACAUCGAUUUCAAUCUGUGAGAAAACUCAUUCGAUUGCAUCGGCAUCUGAUAAAGGUUCAAUUCACGUCUUCCGUGUUGGUAUAAGUGGUAAACAAAAGAAUGGUAAUAUUAAGUACACCAAUCUAUCAACGGUAAAGAAUAUAACCGAAACCACUCGUGGCAAUAUAGUUUCCGUUAGUCAUUAUAGUACAAAUUCUUCAUCGGUCGUAACUUAUGCAACUACAAAAGGUGGAAUUCACGGUUGGGAUUUAAGAAGUCAACAAGACGCCUUCAACCUUGUAAAUGAUGCUUCAUUGGGUUUAAUUCAAGCUUUCUUAAUUGAUCCAAAUAGAAACUGGUUAGUCACUGGUACAAGUAGAGGUUUCCUAACUUGUUGGGAUCUUAGAUUUGGUAUACCACUUUAUAGCGUUCGUGUUUCAAAUGGUCGUAUCCUAAAAUUUGCUCCAUAUAUGUUGGCAAAAUCUGCUUCUGAAAGUUGGGUUUAUAUUUCAACUGAACAAGAUAAUGUUAUUGUUUUUGAUUUAUCAAAUAAAAAAACAACUCGUGUAUUUAAAAGAUCAUAUGAACAACCACCACAACAACAACCUCAACAACCACAACCACCACAACAACAACAACAACAACAAUCUCAAAUGAAUAGAUCAAUUAAUAUGACAUCAUCAACAACUACCACUACUACAAGUAGUUAUGAUUUUGGUACAGAAAAUCUUAAAACAAGUUCAUAUUCACAAUUACCUUCAAAUCCAUUAGUAAAUAGUAUUGUUAAUAAUAGUAAUAUUAAUAAUAAUAAUAAUAAUAAUGAUAAUUCAAACAAUGUAACUAUAUUCAAACCAACACCAUUAGUAAGAGCAUUACUUAAUCCACCAAAUUGUCCAUUUUUAAUAACAGCAGGUGAUGAUAAAAGAAUUAAACUUUGGGAUUGGAAUAAUUUACCACAAUCUUAUUAUGUUUCAAUUGGCAAAGAACCACCACCAUUUUAUACUCAUAAAUUUUCAAAUGAUACAAGUAAUGCUUAUGAAAUUCAUGAAGAAGUUUGGCAUGAUACUAGUUCCUCUUCUUUCUAUUCAAAUUCUGCAAUGUUUGGUGGUGGUGGUGGUGGUCAACCAAUGUCAACAUCACUUUCAUCUUCAUCCCUUUCACAACAACAACAUCAAGCUCAAUUACAACUUCAAUAUCAAUUACAACAACAACAGCAACAACAACAAUACAUCAAUCAUUUACAACAACAAAAAUCAAAAACUUCAAUUUCAAUGCCAACAGUUCAUCAUCAAGAACCAAUUUUAGAUAUAAAAAUGAUGGAAGUACCAAAUCCAAUGCUAAUCUCUGCAAGUACUGAUGGUGUUGUAAAAGUUUGGAAAUAA